GAUGAAUUGAGCAGUGGCCGGCCUAGAAGAAAAAAUUGAAUACAUUUUCGAAGUGUUGAAAUAUGAGAAAUAUUUGCGGUUCGCUUUUUAGUAAUAAGAAAACAUUAAAAGACCUCAUUAUAUUUGCCAGUAUUUUUGGUUUAGCUAUCAUUAUUUGCUGCGCUCUGGUGGUGUUCGGUGCGACGAUAAACAAAAAUGCAGCUGAAACGGAUAAAUGCGCAACUGAGACAGUCGGUGUGACAGAUGGUUUAAUUAGCAAUUUAUUUUCAACUAUAAACGCCGCCAAAUGUGAACUAUCCAAACCGGAGUUAUGGCCUAAAGAUUAUGGCAAAGUAGCUCUGACGACACAGUUAGAUGCGUAUGACUUCGUUAUAGUUGGUGCAGGCUCAGCUGGUUCGGUUGUUGCAAGCCGCUUAAGUGACAAUCCUAAAUUGAACGUUUUAGUUUUGGAAGCAGGCGGUGAUCCACCUUUGGAAGCUGAGAUUAUUGGUCUCUCAUCAACACUGCAUCGUACCAAAUAUUUUUGGACAGAUUAUGCUGAAAGGAAUCAAAAUUGUUGUCAAGCGAUGAAAGAUGAAAAAUGUUAUUGGCCACGUGGUAAGAUGAUUGGUGGCACAGGUGAAGUAAAUGGCAAUAUAUUCCUAUUAGGCCAUCCAAACAAUUUUGAUAGAUGGGUGUUGUCGGGCAAUGACGGUUGGUCCUGGCAGGAAAUACAAAAAAUCUAUAAAAGAGCAAUAAAACAAAUGCCAAAUCAAUUGAACUCACAAGGUAGACUGAUAUUAAAUAAUUUUGACCCACUUGAAAACUAUGACGAACUAACUGAAAUGAUAUUCAACGCCACAAAUGAACUUGGCUUUCCACAAAUAAACAACACUAUUGACGGCAUUAAAAUUGGUUACACCCAAAACAUAUUGGCAACUGUCGAUAAUGGUCUACGCAUGAGUACUGGUAAAACAUAUCUGGCUAAAGUGGAACGUAUAAGAACAAAUUUACAUGUCAUUAAAAAUGCAUUAGCGACUAAAAUACAUUUUAGCGGUCAAGGCAAAGCUACUGCAGUAGAGUUCAUUUUACAAGAUACGUACAAGUUCAGAGUAAAGGUAAAUAAAGAAAUUAUAUUAUCAGCAGGUGUUAUAAACACACCUAAAUUAUUGUUACAAUCUGGUAUUGGACCACACGCACAUUUACAAAAGGUGGGCGUGCCAUUAAUAAAGGAUUUAAAAGUUGGACAAAAUUUACAUGAUCAUGGUAUGUUGCCGUUAAUGCUAAAAUUUGGUCAAGAUAUUGCUUUACCCAUUAAGCCCACGGAUAUGCAAAGUAUUUUUGAUUUUUUUACACAACAGAAAGGUGCUCUGGCCGCAAGUUAUACCCUUAUGGGAUUUAUAAAUAGCAAAAAUUUUAGUAGUUUAAAUACCGAACCUAAUCUACAUUUGGUUUCACACACCUUAAAAGCUAAAGGUGACCCAGGUUCGUUUAGUUUCCUUGGUAUAAAAGAUGAAUUAGUUCAACUCUUUGAACUACAAACACAAAAUUUCACUUUAUUACAAAUAAUGGGUUCCCUUUUACUACCUAAAUCACGUGGUAGUGUUAUGUUGCGUACUUCAGAUCCAACAGCACCGCCAUUGAUUAUUAACAAUUACGGUAAUCAUACAGAGGAUAGAGUCACAUUACUGCAGUAUGUACGUUAUGUGCAGAAAUUGGUUGAAACUAAAUCGUUUCGAAAGUAUGAUUUAGAGUUGGUCCAUGUACCAAUACCGGAAUGUGAUAGAAUUGCAUAUGAUACGGAUGAGUAUUGGUACUGUUACGUGAAGUACUUUUUCAUCAGUUCUUGGCAUGGUGUGGGUACUUGUAAAAUGGGUCCCAUUAAGGAUACUACAGCAGUUGUCGAUGCAAGAUUAAGAGUACAUGGUGUAAAGGGUAUUAGAGUGAUUGAUGCGAGUAUAAUGCCUGAUAUAUCAAGUGGGAAUACUAAUGGCGCAACAAUAAUAAUUGCGGAAAAAGGUGCGCAAAUGUUGCAAGAAGAUUGGAGUUAACAAAGGAAGCAAGAUUAGUUAAGUUUUUAAUUAGUGUUUUAAGGUUACAGAAGUGUUUUAAAAUUAAUUAAAA